CCUGAGAGCAGGGGGAGAGCAGGGGGCCGUGGGUGUGCCCUGGUUACACGGGAGGAGCCUCAGGAGCGCUUUGUCUUCAGGCGGAAUGCGGGGCCGGACCCUGAACCCUCGGACCAUUUACCCAGUGUUGCCGAAACUCGUUGCCCUCCUGCCCGUGUCCCGUCAGAAGCGACUUCACUGCAAAACCCACAGCCAGGAUCUGUCUGUGGACACCACUCUGUUUCCGGAGAAGAUGAACAACGGUAUGCUGAGGGGCAGCAGAGACGAGGAGGCCAUGGAUGCGCCUGAGGAAGGCCCAGCCCGCCAGGGCAUCAGCCCCACCUUCAUCGUUCAGGAGACCUCCCUCUGAUCUGGACUCGGGACAAUCUGUCCACAUUCUGCCAGGCAGCCCCGCCCCCUCUCACCAUAAGCCCCUUGUCUCUCGGAGACCAAGACCGAAUCACUGUGUC